AUGCCAUCCCCCACCACUAUGUUCCUCGUCUCAGUUGCGAUUGCUUUCCUGGGAGCCAUCGCACUCCACGUCCUUCGUCGGAUCGUCGGGCGGAUUCUGCACGAACGGCGCCAACGACUGGAGAUCCGGCGGAACAACAACGAAGUUCAAGCCGAAGACGGCAAUGCUGGCGACGAGUACGAAGUCAUAAACCUCCACCAGUUCUUAUUGGAGGCGAGUGACUUCGCCCAGGACGAUAUCAUGCGAGCCUGGCUUGCUCGCCGUGGUGAUCGUUAUUAA